AUGAAGAUCCUGUACUGGAUAUUCGCGUGCAUGCUCAGCGUCGCCGCCGCCGGUGGCACCACCGCGAGCGGCGGUCACGUGACAACGACGACACAGAGCCCCGGUUCGGGCGAGAACCCGGACGAGCGCGAGGGCGCGCCCGAGGACGCGCGCGACGGCUUCAACGACGGCAAGGUCCGCACCACCUACUUCACGUUCCAGGGAAAGGUCAAGAAGUACGUGUAUCUGGACAAGCUGCCCGGCGACUCGGACGAGACCGUUCUGGUCCUGACCAACCAGAACGAGGUCUUUGUGAGCCACAACCAGGGCCAAGUCUGGGAAGAGGUGGCGCCCGACGAGGAGUUCCUGGACAUCUACGUCGACCCGCACCGCUCCGCCAACGUUUAUCUGCUGGCCGUCAACGACAAGAUAGUUUACUCUUUGGACAGAGCAGACAACUGGAAAUCGUUCCGGACGCCGAGCAAGGCCGUCGCGGGCAUUGCGACGCUGUACUUCCACCCGUCCGACCCGAAACGGCUCAUUUUCAUGGGCCAGGAGGGCUGCAACGACCCGUACUCCAAGGCGUGCCGGCUGGCGGCGUACCACACGUACGCGUCGGGCAAGCGGUGGCUGAGGAUCCAGGAGAACGUGCGGCGGUGCGAGUUUGCCGGCGGCGAGUGGAUCCUGUGCGAGAAGGACGCCAACGAGGCCACGGAGUACCGCUCGAGCCUCGUGGCGUCGGCCGACCUGUUCAAGAGUCGAUCGACGCUGCUCGACCGACUCGUCGGCGUCGGCCGCACCGGCGAGUAUUGGGUCGCCGCAACAGAGACCGCCCACGACGCGCUGCAGCCGCACGUCUCGCUCGACGGCGUCUCGUGGGCUUCAGCUCGGUUCCCGCCAAACCUCCAGCUCAACAAGCACCAGGCCUACACCGUCCUCUCGGGCAACUCCAGGGCGGUCUUCAUGCACGUGACCACAAACCCCGUGACCGGCACAGAGUACGGCACGAUCCUCAAGUCCAACAGCAACGGCACGGAGUACGUGGCGAUUCUGGACGGCGCGAACCGCGACGAGGGCGGGUACGUGGACUUCGAGCAGAUCACGGGGCUCGAGGGCCUCAUUGUGGCGAACGUGGUUGCCAACGCGGGCGACGCCCGAAAGGGAGCCAAGAAGCGCGUCAGGUCGGUGAUCACGCACAACGACGGCGCGCAGUGGUCGCUGCUGCAGCCGCCCGUGGUCGACUCCGAAAACCAGCCGCUGUGCAGCGGCCAGAGUCUCGAGCAGUGCUCGUUGCACCUGCACGGGUUCACGGAGCGUGCCGACUACCGCGACACGUUUGCGUCGGCCAGCGCCGUCGGCAUGAUGAUCGGCGUGGGCAACGUGGGCCCGCAGCUCGGCAGCUACUACGACGGGCACACGUUUCUGACCAAAGACGGCGGAGUCACGUGGAAAGAGGUGAGAAAGGGUGUUUAUUUAUGGGAGUACGGCGACCAGGGCUCGGUGAUAGUUCUGGUGAACGGCAAGGACAACACCAACGUGCUGAGCUACUCUGUGGACGAGGGCGACACCUGGGUCGAUUUCCAGUUCACCAAGGAGCAGGUCACCGUCGAGGACAUCUCGACCGUGCCGGGCGACAACUCGCUGGUGUUCAUGCUGUUCACGAGGGUUCCGCUGGCCAGGGGCGACAAGACCAGGGUGUUCCGGAUCGACUUCAGCCAGCUGCUGGCGAGAAAGUGCUCUGCGGACGAUUUCGAGACCUGGACGCCCAAACACCCGUUCCAGGCGGACAACUGUCUGUUUGGCCACGAGGUGGAGUACACGCGGAAAGUGCCCGGCAGGCUGUGCCAGAUCGGCGGCCGCGCCAUGACAGAGCCGAAAAUCGUCCGCAAUUGCAAGUGCACGCGCCAGGACUACGAGUGCGACUUCAACUACUACCUCACCCCCGACGGGCUCUGCCGUCUCGUGCCCGGCUACAGCCCGCCGAGCCACGAGGACAUCUGUUUUGCCGACAACGCGCCCGUCGAGUACUACCCGGCCACGGGCUACCGCAAGAUCCCGCUCUCGACGUGCGAGGGCGGCGCCGAGUUCGACAAGAGCGAGUCGCCGGUGCCGUGCAAGGGCCGCGAGGACGAGUUCAACAGGCUGCAUCCGCGGCUCGGGCUCUUUGCGGCGCUGCUGCUGUGGGCCGUGGCCGCCGUGGUGGCCGGCUACAGCAUGCGGUUCGCGUACAAGUGGUACACCUCGCGCCACGGCGAGAUCCGGCUCGACGACGACGGCGGGUUCACGUUUGUGGACGUCAACGAGAGCGUGUGGGCGCAGUGGCGGCGGUUUGUGGUGGAGUCGGCGAUCGGUUCAUUGAUGGCUGUUUCUAGACUGCUCAAGAGACGCACGCGACACCAGCCCCUGGCUCCGGAGCCCGUGCCCGAGCCGUCCGACGACGAGGACUUCACGGAGUAG